CAGGGCCGUGCUCAGCCCAGUGCCGCUGGCUGGGGCGGGGAGCGCCCCUGCCCUUAUUCCGCGCGUCAGAGUCUUGGCCGCGCGCGGUCAGUCGUGUCGGCGGUGGGUGCAGAGUAUGUGACCCUGCUCCGCCGCCCGCAGGCAGCGCUGAGCCCGGCAGGUGCCACCUGGCUGGCGCCGCUAGUGAGCGGCGGGGAGGGGGGUCGUCUCCAGUUGAAGGCGCCGGCAGAGGCGGGCCCGGGCCCCAGGGCUGCGCUCCGUCGCCGCGCAAGGUCCCUUGAGGCCCCGCAGCCGCGCUUCUUGUGCAGGAGCAGGAAGCACCCAUUAGAAGUUGAACCCUAACUAGAUGCCUACUUGGGUGUAAGAUUUGCUGGAUCAUUAAAAUAGGAUUCAGAGUUUUUUCUCAAGGAAGGAAAAUACUGCUUUUAACGUGGUGAUACUUAGCCACAAAGAUACAAGGGGAAGAUGACAUUCAGAAAAGUGAACAUUUUCAUCCUUGCAUUGGCUGUUGUCAUAUUUUUAUUAGUUCUGCAUCACAAUUUUCUAGGUCUCAGUGAUUUCUUGAAACGGGAACUGUCAGAUUCAAAUGCAUUGGGACUCCAGCCCAUUGAUUUUAUACCUGAGGCUCCCCAAAAGCUGAUAGAAAAAAGGAAUGAGAAGGAAAUUCCUGUGGUCAUUACAGCAUCAGAGGACAGGCUUGGAGGCAUAAUUGCAGCCAUAAAUAGUAUUUAUCAUAACACAAAAUCCAAUGUGGUGUUCCACAUCAUCACUCAAAACGAUACUGUGGAUCACUUGAGGUCAUGGCUGAGUAACACUGUUCUGAAAAAUGUGAAAUACCAAAUUAUAGAUUUUGAUCCUCAUGUUUUGGAAGGAAAGAUGCGGGUGGAUUCAGAACAGACAGAUUCCAUAAAACCAUUAACCUUUGCAAGAUUUUACUUGCCUAAUUUGCUUCCUUAUUCAGAGAAGGCCAUAUAUGUGGAUGAUGAUGUAAUAGUGCAAGACGAUAUUUUUGAACUUUACAACACUCCACUGAAGCCUGGACAUGCAGCUGCAUUUUCAGAUGACUGUGACUCGACCACUAAUAAAUUUGCAGUCCGUGGAGCAGGAAAUCAGUAUAAUUAUAUUGGAUUCCUAGACUACAAAAAAGAAACAAUCCGGAAGCUUGCCAUGAAAGCUAGCACCUGCUCUUUCAAUCCAGGGGUCUUUGUUGCCAAUUUAACAGAAUGGAAACUGAAGAACAUCACUAACCAGCUGGAGAAAUGGAUGAAACUUAAUGUAGUAGAAGAAUUAUACAGUAAGACUCUGGCAGGCAACGUGGCUACACCCCCACUGCUAAUUGUAUUUUACAAGCAGUACUCCAAUAUUGACCCUUUGUGGAAUGUCCGACAUCUUGGGUCUAGUGCUGGGAAAAGAUAUUCUCCACAGUUUGUGAAAGCUGCCAAGUUGCUCCAUUGGAAUGGACAUUUCAAACCCUGGGGAAGAACAGCUUCAUAUUCUGAUGUUUGGGAGAAGUGGUACAUUCCUGAUCCUACGGGCAAGUUUAACCUGAUUCGUAGACACUCAGAAGCUUAUAAGGCAAAGUAAAAUGGAUUUUGUAGACUGUUUAGUUUUUUUUCUCAGGAAACUAUUGGAGCCAGAUUCUUUCCUGUCAGCAGUUUUGUAUUACAUUUGCAGUCCUUGCCACUUUAGAGCACAGAAAAAAUACUCAUUUAGGUGAAAUGUUCAAAUGUCCUGAAAUGCAUGCUUCAAGAGGAGACAUUUUCUCUGUGACUGAGGAACCUAUUUUAACAGCUGUAGGAAAAGCAGAGAAGCACCAUUGUGAACUAGCAUUUUUGCUUGAUAAUUUUUUACUUCACUCCACUACUAGUCUUCUGGAAUUGGCAAUUUUGUCUGCACCUGAGUGACUACCAUGUACUAAAUUGCAGUGCAAGACUUUUAUGAGAAAAAAACUGGUACCCUUUUCUUCUGUUACCUAUAAAACAUGGACUUGAUAUCUGGAGCUUUCUGUUGCAUGACAACUCAUUCAUGACGACUGUUUAUAUUUAACCCUUUCUUUGCACUAACUCUGUAUCUGGAUCACCCUGCAGGCUGUAUCCAGACUGCAGCAGUGUGGUCUCCAUCUGCUAUAGUGACAACGGAGCUUAAGUAGCAGCAGUGUUAGAGGCUCUCUCUCUUCUUUCAUGGCAAAAGCCCCAUGGGCUAAACCACCCACCUCCAUGGACUGAAUCUGGUUGUAUGUUUGAUUCCCCUGGUCUAUAUGAACUAACUUUCCAAAAGUCAAUCUUCAGGUAUCAUUUAAUUAUGACAAGUAUAUGUUGUUGGGUUUUUUUAAGUGAUUGAUGAAUUACCACUUGACACUAGACUUUUUUUAACGCUGUGGAGCAAGCUAAGCUUAUUCAAAAAUAAAAAUAGAUUUUAAAUUA